CCGGAUGGGGCUGGCCGUGCCGCGCCGACGGGGUGCUGCGGAACGGCUCUGCGCAGCAGCAGGAUGAGGAUCCUUCUUGGAAAACUUCAUUUCUAUCUCAUGUCUUUUCUAUUCGGUAGAGUAGACGGAUUCCUAACUUGGCGAACAUCUGGAAUGUAUGCCUUCCAGUUUUAUAACUACUCUUAUUUAAACCUCUCUUCUGUAUCAGAAGCACAAGCUCCAAAAAUGGCAAGAGUUCUCAAUUUCUCACAUAACAUGAUUGAAAAAAUAACCAAAAGAGACUUUGAAGGUUUUGAUGCACUGGAAGUUUUAGACCUUGCCUACAAUCAGAUUAAGGACAUUGAAUCUGGUGCGCUUGAAAACUUACCUAGCCUGAUUUCUGUGAAUUUUUCAUUUAAUGAUAAGAAACUUGAUGUAUCUGGUCUUACAUCUCAUCUAAAACUACCACCAUCUGGAGAAGUCUCGGGGGUUUUACAGCUUUACAAAUACUUUGAAACACCAUCAGAGACUGCUCUGGAGUCUUCUGUGUCAGCCAAAGGACUGAAACACUCUGAAGGUCCAUCCGGCCGGCUGCAUGCUAAUCCAAGGUUCAGACGAAGUAAACAGGAUCCUCCAAGAGCAGGGAAGAAUGUAACAGUCUCUCCAACAGCUGAGUUAAAGCCUAAUUUCUGUGGAACACCAAUAAAUGGAAUACUUGAUCUGUCAAUGAGUAAACUGUCUGAGGAAGAACUCAUGAAAAUAUUGAACCCUGAUCUUUGCCAAGCUCAGCUAGAUAGUAUUUUAGAGCUUAACAUUAGUCACAGUAACCUAGAAAUGGACCUUUUAUCACUGUUCAUCUUGUUUUUGCCAAUGGAAAAUGUACAGUCUAUUGAUGCUAGUUAUAACAAAAUAACAAUUAACAACAUAGACGUUGAAGCGAUUUGUCAUUUCAAAUUUCAUAGUUUUUUCUUUUUAAAUAUUAGCAACAAUCCCAUGAACAACUUGGAUACAAUAUGUCUCCCUUCGACCAUUAAGGUAAUUGAUUUGUCCUUCACAAACAUAAGUCAAAUACCCCAAAAUUUUGCUAAAAAAUUGUUUAACUUGGAAACUAUGUAUGUUCAAGGAAAUCACUUCAUAUAUACUGCAAGUCCAGAAAAUACCGAUGAAAAUCAAAAACUUGCACCUGGAACUGUACGAAUUAGUGCAAUUUCAUUAGUUAGAAAUGAAGCUGGUACUCCCAUUGAAAGUCUUCCCAAAAAAGUAAAACACUUAAAAAUGUCAAACUGCUCUAUUGUAGAACUUCCAGAAUGGUUUGCUGGUACAAUGAAAGAAUUACUACUUCUGGAUCUCAGCAGUAAUCCUGUUUCUACAUUUCCUUACUUACCUAUCUCUCUGCAGCAUCUGGACUUAAGUAACAGUGAUAUUAAAGUAAUACCACCUCGUUUUAAAUCCCUUUUUAACUUAACAAUAUUUAAUAUUCAAAAUAAUAAAAUUACAGAUAUGCCUCUUGAAUAUUUCCCAUUAACUUUAACAAAAUGUGAUAUUAGUAAAAAUAAAUUGCAGGUUUUGUCAUUAACUGAAACCCUAAAGAAACUUGAAUAUCUUAAUGUUUCUGGAAAUCUAAUAAGCAAACUGGAACCCACUGGGCAAUUUUCUGCAAUCACUAAUCUAGACAGUAGUCACAAUUUAAUUGCAGAACUCCCUGAUCACUUUGGGAAAUCUCUUCCAGCACUGAAAUAUCUUAAUUUAUCAGGGAAUAAGAUCUCCUUUCUACAAAGCGGAUCUCUUCCAGCUUCUUUGAUUGAGUUAGACAUUAGCAACAAUGCCAUCACCACUAUAGUAGAGGACACUUUCGGCCAGUUAACAAGCUUGAGUGUUUUGACUGUUGAAGGCAGACAUUUUUUUUGUAACUGUGACUUGUACUGGUUUGUGAAUAUAUAUAUCCAUAAUCCGUUCUUGCAUAUAAAUGGAAGAGAAAAUCUUAGAUGUAGCUUUCCACCAGAAAGAAGGGGCUUGCUGGUUGAGAGCAGUAAUCUAACACUCUUGCAUUGUUCCGUGGGCAUUCAAAUGGCUAUUACCGCUUGCGUGGCCAUCCUGGUUGUUUUAGUGCUAACAGGCUUAUGCUGGCAUUUUGACGGACUGUGGUACGUAAGAAUGGGCUGGUAUUGGUGUAUGGCAAAAAGGAAACAGUAUGAGAAGAGGCCAGAAAACAAGCUGUAUGAUGCCUUCAUUUCAUACAGUGAACACGAUGCAGAUUGGACAAAAGAGAAUCUGUUGGAAAAACUAGAACUGAAGGGGUUCAAGAUAUGUUACCAUGAGAGAGACUUCAAACCCGGGCAUCCUGUGCUUGGCAACAUCUUUUACUGUAUAGAAAACAGCCACAAGGUCCUUUUUGUUCUCUCUCCCAGUUUUGUAAACAGUUGCUGGUGUCAAUAUGAGCUGUAUUUUGCUGAACACCGGGUCCUGAAUGAAAAUCAAGAUUCCCUCAUUAUGAUUGUGUUGGAAGACCUCCCAUUCAACAGUGUGCCACAGAAGUUCAGCAAACUCAGGAAACUAUUGAAAAGAAAAACCUACUUAAAGUGGAGCCCUGAACAACAUAAACAAAAAAUGUUCUGGCAUCAGCUAACAGCUGUCUUGAAAACAACCAAUGAACCACUUGUUCUGAGAGCAGAACAUGGAUCCACUCAAGAUAUGUAUGAGACAGAAUGAGGUUACAAGGACGGGUAAAGAUUGUGCUUGGAAAAUCAGCGGUCAAA